AGCCCGUGCGAGGCUGUCCCGGAGACCCCGCGCUGCCUGCACCUCUAUCGUCUCGGUUGACAUGGACGAUGAAGAUGGCAGGUGCCUGCUAGAUGUCAUUUGUGACCCAGAAGCACUCAACGAUUUUCUUCAUGGAUCAGAGAUACAGCUGGACACUGACGACCUUUUGGAUGGCUCUAACGACCCCUCCAGCUCGUUCUUCUCUUCUGUUGGGUGCCACGUUCCAGAGGUCCCACCCCCAGUCCAGCUGUCGUCCAAUGAGCAGCAAGGCCUGCCCCGGGUCAGUGUGGACCUGGACUUCCUGGAAGAUGAUGUCAUCCUGGACGGGUCGCCGGGCGACGACGGUAGCAACGCCAUGGAGCCAUGCGACAUCCUGCAGCAGAGCCUGGCGGAGGCGAACAUUACAGAGCAGAGCCUGCAGGAGGCCGAGGCAGAGCUGGACCUGGGCUCCUUCGACCUCACCAUGCCAGGUCUGACUCAGGUGGUCCAGACCCUGCCCUGUACAGACAACCUGACUGGGUCUGGAGGGACCGCUGCGGAGGUGGGGCUCCCCAUCUUCCCUGGAGCUCCAGGCUCCUCCGCCACCCCUCCCCAGGCCACAGCUGACAUGCUGGGCUCGGUGCUGGCCCAACAGGGCCUGGAGUUUGGGCCCCAGGUCAUGAACAAGGCCCAGGCCAUCAGUAUGCAGCCUUUCAUGCAGCAGGUGGCAGGCCUGGGUAACGUCACCCUUCAGCCAAUCGCCUCCCUCCAGGCCCUACCUAACGGCUGUCAGUCAGGACACCUGGGGCUGGGACUGGGGCAGAUACAGGUGAUGGGCCAGCCCACUGUGAUGACUAUGAACCAAUCAGGACAGCCCAUCCUGGCCAAUGGUAUGGGAGGAUACCAGCUGCACCAGCCUGGCCCCGAGGCACAGGGGGCAGGUGGGCAGGGUGGACUGGGAGGAGGACUUCUGAUCCAAGGGGGCAAAGCCACUCUGGGACCUCCUGCGUUAAAUGGAUCAGCGGUGUGCGGUACCACCGGAACGUUGGUUGGGUUCAGUAGCCCCGGACUGGCACCACAUGGGCAGAACCAUCCCCAAGGACAGGUCAUGCAGAACUUGAUCGUCCAGCGGACUCCGACCCCCAUCCAACCCAAACCCCCUCAGGGGGGCGCAGCCAUCCAGCCCAAACUGUUUAAGCAGCAGCAGCAGCAGGCCCAGCCACACGCCUUCCAGAAUGAAGCCAACAAGGCUCUAGGGGUGCAGCACGUCCCUGUCUCUGCUGCCCAGAAUGUAGCCUUCCUGACAGGCAAGCCUGGCGCCAACGUGGUCCUGACCUCCCAGGCAGGGCUUCCCCAACAGGCUCUGUUCAAACAGCAGACGGCCCACCACCCCUCUGGGAAAGCACUCAGUGUCCACCUGCUCAACCAGCCCGGCAGCAUCAUGCUGGGGGGGCAGAACCACCAGUUCCUCCUGCCACAGCAGCUAGCCGGGGGUCAGAUCCUCACGCAGCACCCUGGGGGCCACAUCAUCACCUCCCAGGGGCCUGGGGGCCAACUCAUAGCCAAUCAGAUCCUGGCUCAGCACCAGAACAUCAACCUGGGCCAGGUGCUGAUGUCUCAGGGCCACAUCCAGCUGCAGCCGGGUCAGAUGGGUGUGGGUCAUCAGCUUUUCCAGAUGCCUGUCACCCUCUCCCAGAGCCAGAGCCACCCUGUCACGGGCCACCAGGCCCACACGGUGAUCCAGGGCAUGCCCCUGCAGAACUCCCUGGCCAUGCUGAGCCAGGUGGAGGGGGUGAGUCCUGCUGUCAGCCUGCAGCCCGCUCUGCAACCGCAGCCGGGGGGCGUUCCCAGCAGCGGGAUGGGCGGGGCAGCUGCCAUGGCACAGGGCCAGCCUGGGGAGAGUGGGAGCUGUACAGACCAGGCAGCCCAUCCUGGACAACCCCCACAGCACUCCUCCAUCGUUUCUAUGCAGACUGGGCCCUCUGUCUCUGUGGCUGUCUCUGUCCCCUCCUCUUCUCCAUCCUUAUCUGUGUCCUCCACGUCAGCCCAGCAGCAACACAGCCCCGGGAGCAGGGUGCUCUUCACAGGGCCGCAGGGCUCCAGCAUGAUCCUCAGCCAGGAACACCUCCAGAUGUUUCUCCAGCAGGACCAGCGACAGACAGAGAAUGACCCCGCCCCCUCUGUCUCAGUGGGCGUGCCAGCGUCCGUUAUCGUCAGCAGCAACAGCAGCUCUGGCAACACACCCUCGGGUCUUGACAGCCAAUUAGCUGAGGCAGCAGUGGUAAACCAGAUGCCCCAGGCGGCUGGACAGCAGUUGAAGCUCCAGAGCCUGUCCCCCUCCCAGCCCCUGGCUUCCCACACUGCACCCCCUCUGUCGGACAGCCCUCAGCCCUCCCCCUUCCCCCUGCAGUCCCCCCACCACCAUGGCCAGUCCCGCACCCCCUCCCAGCCACAGACCCCUGUCCGCUCCUGCACCCCCUCAUCUCUUCCCCCAAUGUUCAUUAUCCACAACCAGAUCCCUGGCUCCCCCCAGCCUGCACAACAGCAACAACAACAGCAACAACAACAGCAACAACAACAACAGCAACAGAUGCACAUCCAGUCCCGGCCCCCCUCCCAGCCUGCUCCCUACCAACCUGACGUCCCCCCUCCCACCUGCUCCCCCAAACCCUCCCAGACUCUCCAGGGCCCUCCUGCAGGGUUCCAAUUUACGGUGCCCGAGGUGGGGGCCCCCGGCGGUGGAGUGGUGAAGCCCAUCGCUCAGCCCAUCGCUCAGCCCAUGGCUCAGCCCAACGCUCAGCCCAUCGCUCAGCCCUCUCCACAACAGAAACUACAGCAGGUCCAACAGAACAUUAUAUUACAAGCCAAACAACAGCAGCACAGCCAACCCCAAACUCCACCCCAACAACAGGCCCAGUCCAGCUCACAGCAGGAGGUGCCUGCUCUUCUGAUCCCACAACAGGCCCAGUCCAGCUCACAGCAGGCAUCUGUGCUGGUCAAGACUCCUGCCACAGCAUCCAAUGACGUGCAGGUGUUCUCAGGAGUGCAGGGUCAAGGUGGAGUUAAGGUGAACCAAGGGGGCGUGGCUCCAGCUAGUUUUAACCAGCCAGGAGGACAUCCGCCUGGUCAACAGUCACUUCACCAGUCUGUGCAGUCAAAGCCUGAAGGACUGAUCGGUCAGAUGGGGGUGAGGAGUCUGGGGAUGAUCCAGGUGAUCGGGUCAGGUCUGGGUCAGAUGACGUCAACACAGCAGCACACCCCUGGUCUGGUCUCGCUACAAACACAGACUGCUACUAUGAAGAUGCCUUUCAGUAUUGCUGAACCCAGCAAGGAAGCCAGGAUGUUGGAGCAGCUGAGGAAGCAGCAGGGUUCAGUCCUCCACCCAGACUACAGCUCUUCCUUCCAGUGUUUUGAAGACACCCUGACCCGCCUGGUGCCUUACCACCUCUACCAGGGCACUGCCACUGCACCACACGACUAUCACAGAGGUACACACACCCUGACCCGCCUGGUGCCUUACCACCUCUACCAGGGCACUGCCACUGCACCACACGACUAUCACAGAGGUACACACACCCUGACCCGCCUGGUGCCUUACCACCUCUACCAGGGCACCGCCACCGCACCACACGACUACCACAGAGGUACACACACCCUGACCCGCCUGGUGCCUUACCACCUCUACCAGGGCACUGCCACUGCACCACACGACUAUCACAGAGGUACACACACCCUGACCAGCCUGGUGCCUUACCACCUCUACCAGGGCACUGCCACUGCACCACACGACUAUCACAGAGGUACACACACCCUGACCCGCCUGGUGCCUUACCACCUCUACCAGGGCACCGCCACCGCACCACACGACUACCACAGAGGUACACACACCCUGACCCGCCUGGUGCCUUACCACCUCUACCAGGGCACUGCCACUGCACCACACGACUAUCACAGAGGUACACACACCCUGACCCGCCUGGUGCCUUACCACCUCUACCAGGGCACCGCCACCGCACCACACGACUACCACAGAGGUACACACACCCUGACCCGCCUGGUGCCUUACCACCUCUACCAGGGCACUGCCACUGCACCAUACGACUAUCACAGAGGUACACACACCCUGACCCGCCUGGUGCCUUACCACCUCUACCAGGGCACUGCCACUGCACCACACGACUAUCACAGAGUGGAUGAUGAGUUUGAGAGUGUUUCCAGUCAGCUCCUGAAGAGAACGCAGGCCAUGCUGGAUAAAUACAGACACCUGCUUUUUGAGGAGUCAACGCGCCUUGGCCCGUCAGCUGAGAUGGUAAUGAUGGACAGGAUGUUUAUUCAGGAGGAGAAGAUCUCUCUUGGACAGGACCGCAUCCUCGCCAGGGACAGACCUGAGGAGUACGUUGCCAACUCGAAGAUGCUGGAGCAGGAGAGUGUAGCUGCCAGGGUGCCCCAGUCUUUUGUGUCAUCUGAGCCCAGCGUCGAGUGGAGUCGUGUAUCUGUGGCAGGGACAGAUAAAGGUCCCCCCCCCAUCACAGCCUCAACACCAGCCCACUUCCCCUCCACCAAGCUGGUGAUAAAGCAGGGAGGAGCGGGGGCGUCUGCGUCCUGGUCCAGCUCCCCAGCUCCUGUAGCCAGGUUGGGGUCAGGGGUCAGACAGACAGUUGACACCCAGAGUCACAGCUCCUCCUUCAGCCAGGGUCCUCCGCCUCCUUCCUCAUCCAGCUCCUCCUACCGCUCCUUCUCCUCCAGCUCCUCCUACCGCCCCUCCUCUCGUCCAGCUGAUGAUGCUGAUGAUGAUUCUCUCCCUCAGAGGACCAGUAAACCUCCCAUGAAGACGUACGCCGCCCGCCCACGCAUCGGCUUGAAGCUCAAGAUCAAACAGGAAGCGGGGUUUAGUAAGGUGGUACACAACACCGCCCUCGACACACCAUCCACACCCCAGCCUCAAGCCCAACCACACCCCACCACCCAGCCACAAUCAGCACUGGCACACCCAAAAGCCCGAGCCGUAGCAGCACUAGCCACGCCUCCUUCUGUAACUACUGUCAUUAGGACUCCACCCCCUACCUGUAAUGCCACUUCCUUGGCAACGGUCUCCAUAGAAACCACACAGGCGACCCCCAGCCCCCUCCAGAGAGUCACAGCCCCCCCACCCCCCUAUCACCCUUGGUCUUCAUCAUCAACGACAACACCAUCCUCAUCCUCUUUCACUGCUCAGAUUAACGGAACGUUAGAACAUCACAAUGUGGGUGGAGUCGAGCGUAACCCCGCCUCCACGGUCACUCCUCCUCAGACCACUUGCCGCCUACCGCUACGGAAGACUUACCGGGAGAACAUCAGUCCGCGCGUCCGACCGGGCGUACCGGGAGGAGGAGGAGACAGUGUCCCGUAUCCCCGUCCCUCCCCCUCACCCCCCAAAUCUCCCCUCCCACCCUCCUCACCCUCUGCCCUCUCGGAGCGGACAGUGAUCGCCAACGUGAAGUUGGAGAAGAGAGGAGACAGCUCCAGGGAGGUGGGCUCCCAUGCCCACACAGAGCCCAGCCGAGAGGCCCCGAGGCUGGGCAACUCCACCUCCUCCUCCCCUGGCGUAGGUCUGGAGGUGUUGUACCGCGGCAUCACAAACACAAACACCCACCCGCACCUCUCAAACAGAACCAGAGACGGUGAGGGGGAGCAGGGGGACAGGGGGGCGGACAGGGGGACGGACAGGGGGGCGGACAGGGGGACGGACAGGGGGGCGGAUAUGGGGGCGGACAGGGGGGCGGACAUGGUGAGGUGUAAAAGGAUGAGCAGUAAAAACCAUCAGAGGUCUGGGAGCGGAACGUUCAGAAUGGACCAGCAUGCCCCUGGGCCCCCGUCCACGCCGCCAGAUGCUUCCUGUUACAGAGACUCAUCACUUCCUGCUAAGCGCUGUAAGUCGGACUCCCCUGACAUGGACAACGCCUCCUUUUCCUCCGGCUCCCCGCCACACGAUGAGUCUCUUAACGAGCACCUGCAGUGUGCCAUCGACUCCAUCCUCAACCUGCAGGGCCAGGUCCAGGGGCCCCUGCCGCGCGGGGCUAAAGGGGGCCCCGCCAGGCCACAGCGCGCCACGGGCCCCCAGUCCUCCUCAAACACACACAGACCCUCCUCUUCCUCAUCCUCCUCCUCUUCUCAGGUUGGAGGCAGAGGACGCAAUGGCGGCCUGGUGCCACAGACUCAAGGCAGAUAACACACACACACAAACACUCACACACGGGACAGUAGAGACUGAAGAGGAGGAGAGGCGGAUAGAGAAGUCUCGCUGUGUUUUAAUGAACUGUUUGUCCAUCUGAAUGUUGUGUACUUUACAACAUGACACAAUGCUCACAGUCUCUCCAUGGAUGGGUGGAUGAUGACUCUCUCUCUCUCCCUGUGUAAAAAUGUAUCGUGUUUUACUCUGGAAGUCUCCUCUGCUCUCUCUCAACCACGCUCAAUCAUUCAUUAGAAUCAUUAGUCUUGAGGUUUUUCAUUCACACGCUGUAUUCCAUUACAUUCCUGAGUUCAUCAUGGUCUGUCUGUCUGUGUCUGUCUGUGUCUGUCUGUCUGUCUGUCUCUGUCUGUCUCUGUCUGUCUCUGUCUGUCUGUCUCUGUCUGUCUGUCUGUCUGUCUGUGUCUGUCUGUCUGUCUAGAAAUAAUACCGUGGUCAUGUUCACUAGGUGAAACGGGUGAAAAAGAAUCUGAAACUACACAAACUAGUCCAAUAAGAACACAGAUUUUGUUUUUCUGUUGCAAACGGUUUUACUACGGUGUGCCCUUCUGAACACUACUGAGGGGACACGCCCUACAGCCUGCUGUCACUAGGUAACCCACACCAGGAAGGGAGAGGUCUGGUUUAUAACGCCCUACAGCCUGCUGUCACUAGGUAACCCACACCAGGAAGGAAGAGGUCUGGUUUAGAACGCCCUACAGCCUGCUGUCACUAGGUAACCCACACCAGGAAGGAAGAGGUCUGGUUUAGAACGCCCUACAGCCUGCUGUCACUAGGUAACCCACACCAGGAAGGAAGAGGUCUGGUUUAGAACGCCCUACAGCCUGCUGUCACUAGGUAACCCACACCAGGAAGGGAGAGGUCUGGUUUAGAACGCCCUACAGCCUGCUGUCACUAGGUAACCCACACCAGGAAGGAAGAGGUCUGGUUUAGAACGCCCUACAGCCUGCUGUCACUAGGUAACCCACACCAGGAAGGGAGAGGUCUGGUUUAGAACGCCCUACAGCCUGCUGUCACUAGGUAACCCACACCAGGAAGGGAGAGGUCUGGUUUAGAACGCCCUACAGCCUGCUGUCACUAGGUAACCCACACCAGGAAGGAAGAGGUCUGGUUUAGAACGCCCUACAGCCUGCUGUCACUAGGUAACCCACACCAGGAAGGAAGAGGUCUGGUUUAGAACGCCCUACAGCCUGCUGUCACUAGGUAACCCACACCAGGAAGGAAGAGGUCUGGUUUAGAACGCCCUACAGCCUGCUGUCACUAGGUAACCCACACCAGGAAGGAAGAGGUCUGGUUUAAAACGCCCUACAGCCUGCUGUCACUAGGUAACCCACACCAGGAAGGGAGAGGUCUGGUUUAUAACGCCCUACAGCCUGCUGUCACUAGGUAACCCACACCAGGAAUGGAGAGGUCUGGUUUAGAACGCCCCACAGCCUGCUGUCACUAGGUAACCCACACCAGGAAGGGAGAGGUCUGGUUUAUAACACCCCACAGCCUGCUGUCACUAGGUAACCCACACCAGGAAGGGAGAGGUCUGGUUUAGAACGCCCUACAGCCUGCUGUCACUAGGUAACCCACACCAGGAAGGAAGAGGUCUGGUUUAGAACGCCCUACAGCCUGCUGUCACUAGGUAACCCACACCAGGAAGAGGGAGGUCUGGUUUAGAACGCCCUACAGCCUGCUGUCACUAGGUAACCCACACCAGGAAGGGAGAGGUCUGGUUUAGAACGCCCUACAGCCUGCUGUCACUAGGUAACCCACACCAGGAAGGGAGAGGUCUGGUUUAUAACGCCCUACAGCCUGCUGUCACUAGGUAACCCACACCAGGAAGGGAGAGGUCUGGUUUAGAACGCCCUACAGCCUGCUGUCACUAGGUAACCCACACCAGGAAGGAAGAGGUCUGGUUUAGAACGCCCUACAGCCUGCUGUCACUAGGUAACCCACACCAGGAAGGGAGAGGUCUGGUUUAGAACGCCCUACAGCCUGCUGUCACUAGGUAACCCACACCAGGAAGGGAGAGGUCUGGUUUAGAACGCCCUACAGCCUGCUGUCACUAGGUAACCCACACCAGGAAGGGAGAGGUCUGGUUUAUAACGCCCUACAGCCUGCUGUCACUAGGUAACCCACACCAGGAAGAGAGAGGUCUGGUUUAACCAUAUCAUCACAUACAGAUCCAUGUGUCUCUUUCCAUAUCGGGAUUUCUAUCAGCAUCACAAAUAGAGUUUCUGGUUCAGCCUGUUGUCCAUGUGUCCCCCAGGUCAACUGUCCUCUUCUCCUGUUGUCCAUGUGUCCCCCAGGUCAACUGUCCUCUUCUCCUGUUGUCCAUGUGUCCCCCAGGUCAACUGUCCUCUUCUCCUGUUGUCCAUGUGUCCCCCAGGUCAACUGUCCUCUUCUCCUGUUGUCCAUCAUCAUAUUCAUGGUGUAUCACUGGUUUUAAUAGUGAGGUGACUGCUCUCGGGUUGACUGUUGUGGGUUGACUGCUGUGGGUUGCUCUCUGUCUCAUUACUGUAUUGCUGAGGUGUUAAUGAAGACGUGAUGAAAUCGCC